AGCGAUGGGAACCCCUCCGCGGUGUGCCCGGAGCGGCGGCCUUCGCCGGGGGAGCGGCGUCGUCUUCGAAGAAACCGGAAGCCCGUGGUGACCUCUGGCGACCCGUUUCCGAACGAACGCUGUGGAAUCGAAACUCCGCGGCCCUCCGUCGCCGGCCUCGGGGGAAUAUAACUCAGGUGGGGAAGUAAUGCUGAAUCUAACAACAAAAGUAGAUGGAAAGACUGUCAUGGAUACACUGGUAGAAGAUGAUAUCUGCAUUCUAAAUCAUGAAAAAGCCCAUAGGAGAGAAACAGUGACUCCGGUCUCAAUAUAUUCAGAUGAGUCUGUCGCUUCACAUUUUGCCCUUGUCACUGCAUAUGAAGACAUCAAAAAACGACUCAAGGAUUCAGAAAAAGAGAACUCUUUCCUAAAGAAAAGAAUAAGAUUUUUGGAAGAAAAGCUUACAGACGCUUUAUUAGAUGAAGAAACAAGUUCGGUGGGACGAGAACAAGUAAAUAAGGCCUAUCAUGCAUAUCGAGAGGUUUGCAUUGAUAGAGAUAAUUUAAAGAGCAAAUUGGAUAAAAUGAAUAAAGACAACUCUGAAUCUUUGAAAGUAUUGAAUGAACAGCUGCAAUCUAAAGAAGUAGAACUCCUCCAGCUAAGAACAGAGGUGGAAACUCAGCAGGUGAUAAGGAAUUUAAAUCCACCUUCAUCAAACUGGGAGGUGGAAAAGUUGAGUUGUGACCUGAAGAUCCAUGGCUUGGAACAAGAACUAGAACAGAUGAAGAAAGAAUGUAACAAUCUCAGAAUAGAGCUACAAAAAGCCAAACAAACGGAUCCAUCCCAAGACAAUCUGCAGAGCAGAGAUCUCCAAAGACUAAGCAUUUCAAGUGAUGAUGUGCAAAAUGUAUACUGGGAGCUGAAGAGAGAAAUGUCUAAUUUACAUCUGGUGACUCAAGUACAAGUUGAACUACUAAGAAAACUGAAAACCCCAACUGCGAUCAAGAAAGCCUGCACCCCUGUAGGAUUCAUGGAAGACCUUGGGAAAGAAAGCACAAACCUGCACUUGACGAAUUUCACUGCAACAUACAAAAGACACCCCCCUCUCUCACCAAAUGGCAAAACUCUUUGUCAUACCACAUCUUCCCCUUUUCCAGGAGAUGUAAAGGUUUUACCAGAGAAAGCAAUUCUCCAAUCAUGGACCGAUAACGAGAGACCCAUUCCUCAUGACUGUUCAAACUUUCAGGAACACUACUCGUAUGGCAGAAAUUCUCUGGAAGACAAUUCUUGGGUACUCCCAAGCCCUCCUAAAUCAAGUGAAACAGCAUUUGGGGAAACUAAAAAUAAAACUUUUCCUUCACCCAUCCUGCCACCCCCACUUAACUUGGAUCAACGUAAUCAAAACUGCCUUUAUAAGAAUUAAUUCUGAAGAGAUCUGUGACUUGGUCAUGAGGCUGCUGUAACUCCAGCAAGUAUUCUUGAGAAAUUAUUUAAUAAACUGAAAGCAGGUUUGAUUAAACUUUUGCAAAGUUCUUCAAUGUACACAUUUGCACAAUACUGUAAUGUAUUAUGUAGUUGAUUUUCCAGUAUGAGAGCAACUGUCCAGCUUCACAUUCUGGCUAAAAAUCAGAUAUAUACUACUAAUAAAUUAAUAAACUUGAGGUGUUUCAAAAAG